CUACAGAAUGGAAUGGCCGAAGCAUGCGCAGUUCUUUCAAUCAUUCCCAUCAAAACAACAGAACAUGCAUGCAGAGGUUUGCUGAAGAGCCGGUUUCUAUUCAAUGUGCAAGUAGUUGCAGGUUUUUGAAAAGGUUGUUAGUAUUGGUGGCAUGUCUUACAUUAUAAGAACCUCAGCACUGAUCACGCGACAACAGUUUGUCAAAAAUGUCCUCAACCAGAAACUACGGUUUCUUUCAACAACAGUAGGAAAUGAGUCCAAGCUCCCAAAGCCUACAUCUGCUAGCCUAGUUCUUGAAGAUGGCAGUCGCUACCAAGGCUACUCAUUUGGCCAUCAGUCCUCGGCAGCAGGAGAAAUGGUUUUCAAUACUGGCCUAACCGGUUAUCCCGAAGCACUGACCGACCCAAGUUAUAGAGGCCAAAUACUGACCUUGACGUACCCGCUAGUAGGUAACUAUGGAGUCCCAGAUACAACCGCCGUGGAUGAGAUGGGUCUCAUGAAGUAUGUUGAGUCAGAGAAAAUACAUGUGACUGGUUUGCUGGUGCAGGACUAUUCUCAUGAGCACAGUCACUGGAAUUCAGUUAAGUCAUUAUCUCAGUGGCUACACGAUGAAGGUAUUCCAGCUCUCUAUGGUAUAGACACUAGGAUGCUGACAAAGAAAAUAAGAGAUAUGGGAACCAUUUUAGGGAAAAUUGAAUUCGAAGGCCAGCCUCUUGAUUUCGUUGAUCCAAAUAAACGCAAUUUAGCAGCAGAAGUCUCCACAAACAAAGUCAAAGUAUAUGGUGAUGGUAACCCGUAUAAAAUCCUUGCUGUCGACUGCGGAGUGAAACAUAACAUUAUACGAAGCCUUGUAAAAAGGGGAGCGGAAGUUCACUUGGUGCCGUGGAACCACGAUGUAAGCAAAGAAGUAUAUGAUGGUCUAUUUAUAUCGAAUGGACCAGGUGAUCCGUCACUCAUGGAUGAAGCUGUCAAUCAUCUUCGCAAGGUUAUUGAAAAUGACGUCCAGAAGCCACUGUUUGGCAUAUGUAUGGGUAACCAGCUAACAGGCUUAGCUGGUGGAGCCAAAGCUUAUAAACUUGCACUUGGAAACAGAGGCCACAACCAGCCUGUUAUAAACAUGCUUAAUGGGCAAGCUUUUAUAACAUCACAGAAUCAUGGAUUUGCUAUCGAUGCUGACACGCUUCCAGAUGGAUGGAAACCAAUAUUCAAGAAUGCAAAUGACUUGUCUAAUGAGGGUAUAAUGCAUGAAACCAAACCAAUUUUCACAGCGCAGUUUCACCCUGAGCAUAAAGGAGGACCGACGGAUACAGAGUUUUUAUUUGAUACAUUUAUGGAUAUGGUGAAGAUGGGUAAAACUGACAUCACCUCUUCAAUGAGUGCGAUGAGGGUGAAAAGACCAGAGAAAGAACAGGUUUCAAAGGUGCUUGUUCUUGGCUCAGGUGGAUUGUCUAUUGGACAGGCCGGUGAGUUUGAUUACUCAGGAUCCCAAGCAAUUAAAGCUUUGAAGGAAGAAAAUGUGAAGACAAUUUUGAUGAAUCCCAACAUUGCAUCAGUACAGACAAAUGAAUAUGGCGAGAAGCAGGCUGAUAAGGUGUAUUUUGUACCUGUAACACCUGAUUUUGUUGAAGAUGUGAUUAAACGUGAGAAGCCAGAUGGCAUCCUACUCUCAAUGGGAGGACAGACAGCUCUGAACUGUGGAGUUGAAUUGCACAAGAAAGGAAUUCUUGAUCAAUAUGGUGUCAAAGUUCUUGGCACGUCAGUUGAAUCAAUCAUGGCCACUGAAGAUCGUCAAACUUUCAAUGACAAGCUCAUGGAGAUUGGUGAAAAGAUUGCUCCAAGCAUGGCAGUCGAAACAUUGGAAGAUGCAUUAUCUGCAGCAGAUAAAAUUGGGUAUCCUGUGAUGGUAAGAGCCGCAUACGCUCUUGGAGGCCUAGGCUCAGGCCUGGCUCCAGACAAGCCACAACUCACCAAAAUUGUUGAACAGGCCCUUGCAUUAUCUAAUCAAGUUCUCAUAGAGAAGUCACUCCUUGGUUGGAAGGAGGUAGAGUACGAGGUUGUCCGAGAUAUAGCAGAUAAUUGCGUCACUAUCUGCAACAUGGAGAACUUUGACCCUCUUGGUAUACACACAGGUGAUUCCAUUGUAGUUGCUCCAAGCCAGACUCUCUCAAAUGAGGAGUACCACCUUCUGCGCGAGACCGCCAUUAAGACUGUGCGCCAUCUGGGGAUUGUGGGAGAGUGCAACAUCCAGUAUGCGUUGCAUCCCAAGUCACUGGAAUAUUGCAUCAUUGAAGUGAAUGCAAGACUGUCAAGGAGCUCGGCUCUGGCUUCUAAGGCAACCGGUUAUCCACUUGCAUUUAUUGCUGCUAAACUAGCUCUCGGUAUUCCUCUCCCUGAGAUUAAAAACGCAACCACUGAGUCUACCACUGCCUGUUUUGAGCCUAGCUUGGAUUACAUCGUCACCAAGAUCCCGCGAUGGGAUCUCGACCGAUUUCAAGGGACCUCUAAACAGAUUGGUAGCUCUAUGAAAAGUGUUGGGGAGGUUAUGGCCAUUGGUCGAACAUUUGAAGAAAGUCUUCAAAAAGCUUUGCGCAUGGUCCAUCCAUCUAUCGAUGGCUUCUCUCCAAAACUUCCAAAUGGUAAACAGAUGCCGCACGGACUAGAAGAAGCUAUCAGAGUUCCCUCGAAUACUCGAAUCCACGCCAUUGCACAGGCAAUUCACCUUGGCUACGGGGUUGAUAAAAUCCAUGAAUGGACUGCCAUUGAUAAAUGGUUUCUUCACAAGCUGGAUAAGAUUGUUGCAUUGGAAAAGGAAAUGGGCUUAUAUUACAGGCAAACAAUGCCUAAUGACUUGAUGUUGCAUGCCAAGCAAGCUGGAUUUUCGGACAAACAAGUUGGUCAGGUACUUGAUGUCAGUGAAGUGGCCGCAAGAGAGCUCAGGCUUCAAAUGGACAUUAAGCCAUGGGUCAAGCAGAUUGACACAAUGGCAGCAGAGUACCCAACCAAAACAAAUUAUUUAUAUAAUACAUACAAUGGAAUGGAGCACGAUGUUGAAUUCACUGAUUAUGGUACGAUGGUCCUUGGAUGUGGUCCCUAUCACAUCGGCAGUAGUGUUGAAUUCGAUUGGUGUGCCGUGUCCUGUAUACGUUCACUCCGGGAAAUGGGUCGCAAAACUGUUGUUGUAAAUCACAACCCAGAAACAGUCAGCACAGACUUUGAUGAAUGUGAUCGUCUUUACUUUGAGGAGCUAUCUUUGGAGCGAGUUCUAGACAUUUAUGAACGCGAGGCAUGUAGUGGGCUAGUGGUAUCAGUUGGUGGCCAAAUCCCAAACAACCUUGCUCUUCCACUCUACAGAAAUGGAGUUAAUAUUCUAGGAACCAGUCCACUACAGAUCGAUGCUGCAGAGGAAAGGUCAGUAUUCUCUGGUAUUCUGGAUGAUAUUGAUGUAAGUCAGGCUCCAUGGAAGGCACUAACAUCUCUGAACGAGGCAUUAGAAUUUGCGGCUAGUGUUGGUUAUCCAUGUCUUCUGCGACCUUCCUAUGUGCUUAGUGGAUCUGCAAUGAAUGUGGCUUAUGGACCUGAUCACCUCCGUCAAUUCUUGGAAGAGGCAUCGAGGGUCUCCCAAGAACACCCAGUAGUCAUCACCAAAUUUGUAGAGGGCGCUAGAGAGAUUGAAAUGGAUGCUGUAGCCAAGAAUGGAGUGGUUGCCUGCCAUGCCAUAACAGAACAUGUUGAGAAUGCUGGUGUCCAUUCUGGUGAUGCCACACUGAUCCUGCCAACACAGACCAUCGGAAAAGAGGCUCUUCAGAAGGUGAGAGAUGCUACCAAAAAAAUUGCCAGGAGAUUUCAGAUUUCUGGACCUUUCAACAUGCAAUUUUUGGCCAAAGACAAUGAUGUCAUGGUCAUUGAGUUGAACUUGAGGGCAUCAAGAUCCUUUCCAUUUGUCUCAAAAACCAUCAACUGUGACUUCAUUGACAUUGCAACUAAAAUUAUGGUCGGAGAACCAAUUGACACCGGUAUUCUCCCAACACUGCAGCAUCCAUUCAUUCCAAAAGAUUAUGUUGGAAUCAAGGCUCCAAUGUUCUCCUGGCCUAGACUCAGGGAUGCUGACCCACUACUCAGAUGUGAAAUGGCUUCAACAGGCGAGGUUGCGUGCUAUGGUCCAAAUAUUCACACAGCAUUCCUCAAGGCACUCAUGUCAACUGGAUUUAAAGUUCCAAAGAAGAACAUAAUGAUUGGCAUUCAAAAGUACUUUCAGCCAAAGUUUCUUCCAACUGCUCACAAAUUUCACCAAAUGGGAUAUGAGAAAGACAGGCGAGUUUAG